CACUUUAACCCUGUCAUAGGAUCUGGAAAGGAAACCACUGAACUCUAAACGCGACGUGCUUAAUUCCCGCCUGAAACUCACUGCUCUCCUCCGUGAAAUAGAGUUAGCAAGCAAUAGCAAGCACGACAGUAAGCUUGCUCUGCAGUUGAAGUCCGCUUUCACUGAUUUCGUACAAAUCUUAUUAUGGACGACCUCUAUUUGGAUAAUAUUGACGAAUUCGUCCAUGAUCACAACAAAAUAGUGACCUACAAAUGGCUGAGCCUUACACUUGGAGUCCAUGUCAACCAGGCCAAACAGAUGCUGUUUCAUUACUUGGACCAGAAGAGAAAAGACAGCUCCGGGUCUCGACUUCACGCAACUUAUCUCGUUUCUGGCCGGUGUUUGGAGAAUGGAAAUAUGGGUCACAAGGUGGCAGUAGUGCGUGAGGAUCAGCUCGAAGAUGUGAAGUCGAAGAUGGAGGUGACUGCCAGCGUUCACGUGUACAGCAUCCAGAAAGCCGUCCUGAAGGACAGCGGGCCUCUCUACAGCACGGAUUAUGAUGCAGUGAAAGAGAACCUGAAGAACUGCAGCAAGUACAGUGCCAUACGCUGCCCCAGCGCAGUCCCCAUGUCAGCUGCUGAGGUCCAGAGGGCCCAGGAGAUGGCACAGCCCCCCCCGCCGCCACCACCGCCAGAAACGGAAACCGGCAGAUCUGCGCUCAAUGGCCACGCACCCCAGGCCUCCAAACCAGCCUCGAAGCCGCCCAAAGGCAUCAUGGGAAUGUUCGCCGUCAAGAGUACCCCGAAAUCACAGGAGGGCAGUAAGGAAGUUAAAACGGAGGUGGAAGAGGACACUGCCACGGUGGGAACUUCGAAAAGUAAGCCCAGCCCCAAGUCGAAUGCCAUGAGUAACUUUUUCGGGAAACAAACGUCAAGCAAAACUAAGCCCAACACCGAGUCGUCCGACCGUGUCGUAAAGGAGGAGGCGGGAGGAUCGCAGACGUCCUUCGUGGCCAACGAGAAGCCGUCGGCCACGCCCCCCAAAACUCAGACUGACAUCAAACAGGAGAAACCCAAGAGCUCUGAACCAGAGGUGAAAAAACCCAAAGACAGGAGCAGUAAAACGAAGAGGCUGGAGCUGUCCGACAGUGAGGAUGAGAAGUCUGGAAGCCAGAAGAGGAAGAGGAGGAGGAUAAAGAAGCCGCAGCCGGAGAGCAGCGACGAUGAAGCCAUGAUACCCGAGACCCCGCCUCCCCGUGACGUGGACACGCCCACGCCCAGCCCGGAAGGUCAGGUGAAGAAAGAGAGCAUUCCGCAGGCCGAGGAAACUGUGGGCGGCGGCGGCAGCAGCAGGAGGAGGAGGAGGAAGGUCCUCAAAUCCCACACCUUUAUGGACGAGGAAGGCUGCAUCGUGACGGAGAAGAAGUACGAGAGCGAGUCCUACUCCGAGAGCGAGGACGACUUCAAGGCCGCCGGGCCUCCCGCCAAGGAGCCCGCUCCCCCGAGGCCGCCCGCCGGGAAGAAGGAGGAGGGCAAGAGGAGUCAAAAGAAGGGCGCCGCCAAUAAAACGUCUAAACAGGCCUCCAUCAUGGGCUUCUUCCAGAAGAAAUGAGCCCCCGAGACCUGCGUCAGCCUGCUGCCCGUUACCUGCUUUCAUGAGCCUGGGACUCGCGCCAUCGUUAAAACCAUUCAGAAGUUGGUCGCGGUCCGCGAACGGCGCUUGGGUCACUCGUCCUCGUUUUGGGGGAAAGACGCAGGACUGUCUCUUUUUCUGUAAAAAUGACUACAAAUCGUAUUCCGUGGAUCGUUGGUCAGAGGGUUGAAACCUUGUGUCUGCAGUGGGAGUCCUUGAAUUUAUGAAACAUGAGUGCUCUGUAAAUAAAGUUCGUUUUUUUUUUCAGUA